CGUUGCUGCUGCGGCUUUAUUUGACUUCAUAGACUUGCAGCCUGGACGCGUGAGCUGGGAGGAAAGCUGCACUUUCUUAGUGUUUAUCGACAGUUACAGUUUAUAUUUAUGGUUAUUUGUGAAGCUAUCGGAUAAAUGUAGCUACUUAAGCACGAUUUGACAAGAAAACUCCAAGGUGUAAAAUAUGUGACUUGGUGCCAUCCAUUCUUUGUUGGCCUCUUCCCAAGUCAGUCAGCAGAAACAGGAUCUCUGCAGUCAUCAGCUGGUGCAUGAAAAAGCCCUUCCAAUGUCUUUAGUAGAGGAUAUUCUGGAUGUGCUGUGUGCCGUCCUGGAGUACUUUGGAGUGCCUCCAGACAUGCUGGUUCCAGUGUGGGACAGUCAGCUGUGUGGUCAGUAUCGCAGCAUUGUGCGGAUGAUUGGGACCAACCUCCCUCUGACACCUCAACCACGAGUCCACUUUCAGAUCCCUCUGAUCACCUAUCAGCCGCACGGUUAUGUUGACGUCACCGUGGAUACUCCUGCCAUCCCCUCGUUCGCUGACGUCAUGUGGGUGUUUGAUGAUGAGGGGGAGAGCUUUGCCAAGACCAGGAACCAUUUACCUCCAAAAAAGCGGAGUACUGUAAACCGGGAUGUGGUGAGAUACCCAGGACCAGCCCAGAAAAAAGCCCAGAGAGGAGGCACAUCUGUGAGGCAGACAGCUCAUCCAGAAGCUCUGAAAAAGAUCACAGCGCUGGAGAGCGAGCUGCUCAAACUACGAGCUCAGAUAGCCAUGAUCGUGACUGCCUCUCCAGCCUCAGGUCUGACUGAGUCCCAGAAUACUCCAGACACGCCUUUGAUGUCUCCUCCACCUCCGCCAGCUCUCACCUCCACACCUCGUUGUGCUCCUCCUCCUCCACCACCACCACCUCCACCUCCUCCUCCGGGCCCCAACUCCUCCACUGGGUCUUUGUCUGUAUUGGAGCUGGUCCGCCAGCGCAGGAACAAUGAGAAAAACCUUGACAAGGGUCAGCUCAAGGCCCAGGACUCAGAAGCGAAAGGGAUCCCAUCCAUGCUGGAUGUUCUCAAGGACUUGAAUCAAGUUAAAUUGCGUUCAGUGGAGAGGUCACCCGGGGGGACACCAGUCAGAAAGAGACGCAGUAAGGGCGGAGCAGCAUUGCUUAAUGACCCAGCAGCUCUUAUCGCUGAAGCGUUAAAGAGGAAAUUUGCCCAGCAUCGCCACAACAACUCGUCUGAUAAAGAGAAUUCACUAGAGCUCUCACCAUUUGGCAGUCCAGAAACACCCAAGGUUCCUCUCCAUAUUAGACGCAGUCAGGGACGCCGCCAUCUCUGAUCCUGUUGAUCUGAUCCCAAAAAUGAUAAAAGCCAGACACCCCCAUCAGACAAUUACAGCUACCACAGAUGUGCCUCAGAAAAGAUUACUGCUGCAGCUACUGACUUGCAUUUCAUUUUUAUUCUUAUUUCUGUCUGACAUUCUAUCCGUCUGUUUUAUUGUUCUUGUAAGAGUGUUUGUCUCACAAUGAACGAAGUACUUGUUUGUGUUACUGUUUGUUGGGAGGCUUGAAUGUAUAUUUGUGUCACAGCAGUCGCUGUAAAUGAGGGUUUUGGUACAGCUGAUUUGUUUUUGUACAGUGGAGUCUCAUGUUUUCAGUAUUAUUCAUAUGUGAAUGAUAUCUUUUUAAAUGAAAAAAAUGUGUUCAAACAGGUAUGCACUGUAGCUUGUAGCUGCCAGGUUUAAUGUCUCUAAAUGUCGCUUUGUGAGGCCUUAUAAAUGUUACCUCAACCAAGUGAAAUUAAUAACUGGUAUUGAGGUUCUCACAGCUCGAUUCUAUGCAACUGCUGUUUCAGAUGGUUUUAUUCUAUUAAAAUUUUAAAUUGCACUGAUCUA